AUGUGGGGGCGUGCAGUGCGGCGGCGCUGCCCGCGGGGGCUGCGGCGCGGCCGGGCUGCGCUGCUAGCACUCUUAGCGCUGCUGGCGCUGGUCGGGUUGGGCUCGGUGCUGCGAACUCGGCGCGGGACCAGGGCGGCCGAGCCGGGACCCCAACGCACCCAGCGCCCCGGGAGGCGUGACCCGGCCCUGUUGCGGCCCCUGGUGCCCGCGGAUGCGCUCGGCGCGCAGGGCCAGGCGGUGCGGCUGCAGCUGCAGGGCGAGGAGCUGCGGCUCCAGGAAGAGAGCGUACAACGGCAUCAGAUCAACAUCUACCUCAGCGAUCGCAUCUCGCUGCACCGCCGCCUGCCAGAGCGCAGGAACCCUCUGUGCAUGGAGAAGGAGUACGAUUAUGAGAAAUUGCCGAGAACAUCUGUGGUCAUAGCUUUUUAUAAUGAAGCCUGGUCAACUCUUCUUCGGACAGUUUACAGUGUCCUCGAGACAUCACCAGACAUACUUCUGGAGGAAGUCAUCCUUGUCGAUGAUUACAGUGAUAGAGACCACCUGAAGGAGCGCCUGGCCACUGAGCUGUCUGGCCUGCCCAAGGUGCGCCUGAUCCGUGCCAAUAAGCGGGAAGGCCUUGUGCGAGCCCGGCUGCUGGGGGCAUCCGCGGCCAGAGGCGAUGUGCUAACAUUCCUGGACUGUCACUGUGAGUGCCAUGAAGGCUGGCUGGAGCCGCUGCUGGAAAGGAUCCACCGCGAGGAGUCGGCAGUGGUGUGUCCUGUGAUUGAUGUCAUCGACUGGGACACCUUCGAGUACUUGGGGAAUGCUGGGGAACCCCAGAUCGGCGGCUUCGACUGGAGGCUGGUGUUCACGUGGCAUGUGGUCCCCGAGAGGGAGAGGAUACGAAUGCAGUCCCCCAUCGAUGUCAUCAGGUCUCCAACAAUGGCUGGUGGGCUGUUUGCUGUGAGUAAGAAAUAUUUUGAAUAUCUGGGGUCUUAUGACACAGGAAUGGAAGUUUGGGGAGGAGAGAACCUCGAGUUCUCCUUUAGGAUCUGGCAGUGCGGUGGGACCCUGGAGAUACACCCUUGUUCUCACGUGGGCCACGUUUUCCCCAAGAAAGCCCCCUACUCCCGUAACAAGGCUCUGGCCAACAGUGUUCGUGCUGCCGAGGUGUGGAUGGAUGAAUAUAAGGAGCUGUACUAUCAUCGCAACCCCCAAGCCCGCUUGGAGCCCUAUGGGGAUGUGACAGAGAGAAGACGGCUCCGUGCAAAGCUCCAGUGUAAGGACUUCAAGUGGUUCUUGGAGACAGUCUAUCCAGAACUGCACGUGCCUGAAGACAGACCUGGCUUCUUUGGGAUGCUGCAGAAUAAAGGACUGAAAGAAUACUGCUUUGAUUAUAACCCUCUCAACGAAAAUGAAGUCUUGGGCCACAAUGUGCUUCUUUACCACUGUCACGGCAUGGGCCAGAACCAGUUUUUCGAGUACACAUCCAAGAAUGAAAUACGCUAUAACACCCAACAGCCCGAGGCCUGCGUUUCGGAGGUUGCAGGAUCAGAUAUUCUCACCAUGACGCUCUGUAAGGACACUACCCCUGAGGGUCAGAAAUUCAUCUUGCGGGAGGAUGGCUCUUUGUUUCACGUACAGACCAAAAAGUGUGUGCAGGCUGAGAGAGAGGCACUUGGUGACGGGUUCAUGCCACUCCUACGAGAUUGCACCAACUCGGAAUACCAGAAAUGGUUCUUCAAGGAACGUAUGUCAUAG